AAAAUCCUUAUAUUUCGAGUCCUGCCCUGGCUAGGAAUGGUCCCCGGCCAGCCGCGGUUUCAAGCGUUUGCUUGCGCGGAGCCCCGGUGAGAAGGCAAGAACCCCGCCCAGAGGAAGGCAAAGCUGCCCAGGAGAAGAGGGUUUCAUUUUCUUUGGGAGCUGCUGAGCAGGGCGCAGCGAGCAUGACCUGGGACCUCGUUUUGUCCCUGCUGCUGGCCUGCGUGGUCAUCUACUUAGGGGUGCAGUUUGUCCGUUUCGUGCGGGCAGACGGCGACCUGACUCUGCUGUGGGCAGAGUGGCAGGGGCGCCGGCCAGAAUGGGAGUUAUCUAAUAUGGUGGUUUGGGUGACAGGAGCCUCAAGUGGAAUUGGUGAGGAGCUUGCCUACCAGUUGUCUAAAUUGGGAACAUCCCUUGUGCUAUCAUCAAGAAAAGCAAAUGAACUAGAAAGGGUGAAAAAGAAAUGUCUUGAAAUUAGCAACUUGAAAGAAAAGGACAUCCUUGUUCUACCCCUUGACCUGACUGACAGAAGUUCUCAUGAAGUGGCAACAAAAACAGUUCUCCAACAUUUUGGUCAAAUUGACAUUCUGAUAAACAAUGCUGGAAGGAGUCAGCGUUCUUUGUUUAAGGAAACAAACCUGGAUGUUUAUAAAGAGAUAAUGGAAAUUAACUUUAUGGGCACUAUCUCCUUAACAAAAUGUGUUUUACCUCACAUGAUUGAAAGGAAGCAAGGGAAGAUUGUUACAGUGUCCAGUAUAUCGGGCCUUAUAGGAGUCCCACUUUCCACAGGAUACAGCGCUAGCAAACAUGCACUUCAGGGGUUUUUUAAUAGCCUCCGAACCGAACUUGCAGUAUAUCCAGAGAUAUCAGUUUUGAAUAUUUGUCCUGGACCUGUACAGUCACACAUUUUAGAAAAUGCCUUUACCGAAGAAGUCUCAAAGAAAUUGGAGAACCUAAGAGAUCAGUCAUUUAAGAUGGCAACCAGUCGCUGUGUUAAGUUGAUGCUGGUCUGCAUGGCCAAUGAUCUAAAAGAAGUCUGGAUUAGUAACCAACCAUAUUUGUCAGCUUGCUAUAUCUGGCAGUAUGCCCCAACCUGGGCCUGGUGGAUAUCAAACAAGAUAGGACCAAGAAGAAUUGAAAAUUUUCAGAAUGGACUGGAUGCCGAUGUCUCUUAUUUCAGAUCACCGAAGAAAAAAUCAAACUGAAAGUAUACCAGCAUUUUUCUUUCCACUGUAAUUGAAGAGAUAGAAAACUGAAAUGCUUUAAGAGUAGUUUAUAUUUCUUUAACUUGAUUCAUAAACAAAUGUUUAUCAUAAAAUACUGCAAUAAAGAUCUUAAACAUUA